CAGAGGUCACAGUCUGCAGGGUCCAGCUGUCCGUCUGUGAGGAGUGACCGGUCCAAAGAUCACCCUCCAGAGUUCAGUGCUGAACCUGGACCAACGAGAGUGGACCAGCAGAGUUCAGAGGUUCCCAGUGAUCAGUCUGCCCAGCAGCAUCAAACACAGCUGGACUCCAUAUUUAUGCUGCUGGAGGACAACAUCAUCACUUUUGUGAAGAACGAGCUGAAGAAGAUUCAGAAGGCUCUGAAUCCAAAUAAGCCCCAGUGUUUGGAGUUUCAGAGGAGCAGCAGCAGCGAGGCAUUUGUGAAGAUCACAGUGGACUUCCUGAGGAGAAUGAAGCAGGAGGAGCUGGCUGACCGUCUGCAGAGCAAACUUCCAGCUGCAGUUUGUCAUCGUAACCUUAAAUCUGAGCUGAAGAAGAAGUUCCAGUGUGUGUUUGAGGGGAUCGCUAAAGCAGGAAACCCAACCCUUCUGAAUCAGAUCUACACAGAGCUCUACAUCACAGAGGGAGGGACUGCAGAGGUCAAUGAUGAACAUGAGGUCAGACAGAUUGAAACAGCAUCCAGGAAACCAGACAGACCAGAAACAACAAUCAGACAAGAAGACAUCUUUAAAGCCUCACCUGGAAGAGAUGAACCAAUCAGAACAGUGCUGACAAAGGGAGUGGCUGGCAUUGAGAAAACAGCUUAA